UUUUCCCAAUUUUCUCAAUUUUUCCCAAUUUUCCCAGGGAUGUUGGUGGUGAAGUUGGGGGGUCCCGUCUACAGGAUCGGCGUGGGGGGAGGGGCCGCCUCCUCCGUCCAGGUGCAGGGGGACAGCGAGGCCGAGCGCGAUUUGGGGGCGGUGCAGCGCGGGGACCCCGAGAUGGAGCAGAAACUGAACCGAGUCCUGCGCGGCUGCGUCGAGAGCGGGGCCAGGAACCCCAUCAGCUCCAUCCACGACCAGGGGGCCGGGGGAAACGGCAAUGUUCUGAAGGAGAUCUCGGAGCCCGCCGGGGCCGUCAUCUACGCCAGCCGCUUCCAGCUGGGGGACCCGACGCUGAGCGUGCUGGAGCUSUGGGGCGCCGAGUACCAGGAGUCCAACGCGCUGCUGGCCCGGCCCCAGGCGCUGGCGCUGCUGCGGCGAUUGGCCGAGCGCGAGCGCUGUCCCCUCAGCGUGGUGGGGACGGUCACCGGCGACGGACGGGUGAGCCAUUGGGGCGAAAUCUCAGGAUUUUGGGGAAAAAUGGGGAAACAUGCAGAAAACCGGGGGAAAAUCGGUGAAAAAUGGCAAAAAUACGAGAAAAAAUGGGGGAAAUGUGAGGAAAAUGUGGGAAAUUGGGGAAAUUGAAUUUGGGACAUUUGG